CAAUACGUACGCACAAAUGUGUAUCUAAACAUCACAUAGUAUAUAGUUUAUAUUACCAAAUCUUGUAUUAUCAAUUUCUCUCUCUCUCUAUUCAGAUCAUCAUAUCUCUCAAGUUCUUGUUUUUGAAUCUUUUAAGUAAUUAAAGAUGGGUAAAGAUAAGCACCACGAACAGGACAAAGGAUUCUUCUCACAUCAUAACCAUCACGGACAUGGGUAUCCGCCGGGAGCUUAUCCUCCACCACCUGGAGCUUAUCCUCCACCGGGAGCUUACCCUCCACAAGGUUAUCCUCCGCCACCUCACGGCUAUCCACCCGCCGCUUAUCCACCUCCUCCCGGUGCUUAUCCUCCUGCCGGUUACCCCGGACCAUCCGGUCCUCGUCCAGGUCUUGGAGGAGGAGUUGGGGGACUGAUAGCUGGAGCGGCAACAGCGGCCGCGGCUGCAAUGGGAGGUCACCACGCAGGUCAUCACGGAGGCUACGGGCACCACGGCCACGGAAAAUACAAAAGAGGUUUUUUUGGAGGAGGAAAGUACAAGCGAGGGAAGCACAGUAUGUUUGGAGGAGGGAAGUACAAGCGUGGUAAGCACGGCAUGUUCGGAGGCAAACGAGGCAAGCAUGGCAUGUUCGGACGAAGAAAGUGGAAAUGAUUCAUAAUCUCAUUCAUCUCUCUACAUAUAUUAUAACAACUUAAUAUUAAGCUUAACUUAAUAUAAAUAUAUAUUUACAUAUGUGUGUGUCACUCAGUCAUUGUGUGAUUAUUCAUUUAUCUGUGCUUAAUCACAUGUACGAUUUAUGAAACUCUUUAAUUUAGUUGAAUCUUUUGUCUUAUAUAUGAAUGUUAAAUGAUGAAGGACAUGUCUUAUAUA